UCAGUGUAUAAAGUCCACUUUGAGGCAGUGGGUGCACAGCACAGAGGACGGCUGCUUGUAUAGCUGGUGGGUUAGCACAGACAUGAAGGUUCUUUUGAGAAUUACAGUGCUUUCUAUAGCACUAAGCAUAGCAGCGAGUACAGAAGAAACGGCUGAGAAUAUCAUAACCACCCAGCUACCCCCUGAAGAUGCCUCUUCUGAGUGGGGUAUUGGAGCCAUUCGUGAUGGAUUUGAAGCUGUCAAUGGUUAUUUUGACUCUUUUCUGGAGCUCCUAGGUGGAAGAAAUGGUGUAUGCCAAUACAAGUGUCGCUAUGGUAAAGCUCCACUUCCUAGACCAGACUACAAAUCUCCAGAACCCAAUGGCUGUAGUUCCUAUUUCCUGGGUCUCAAGGUACCAGAGAGUUUGGAUAUGGGUAUCCCAGCAAUGACAAAAUGCUGUAACCAGCUUGAUAUUUGUUAUGACACAUGUGGAGCCAACAAGUACCGCUGCGAUGCAAAGUUCCGCUGGUGCUUGCAUUCAAUUUGCUCAGAUCUCAAGAAAAGCUUGGGCUUUGUCUCCAAAGUUGAAGCCUGUGAAUCCAUGGCCGACACAGUCUUUAACACAGUCUGGACCUUGGGCUGUAAACCUUUCAUGAAUAGCCAAAGAUCAUCCUGCAUCUGCAAUGAGGAGGAGCGGGAAGAGCUAUAAUCAAUAUAAAGCCAUUUAGUAAUCCUGGAGUAUUGCUGUAGUCCAAAGACUGUUGAUCAGUGAAGACUACAGGGUUACAGUGCAGCACAGCCUGGGAACUGACGCAUUGCAUUUGUGUAGUGACAGUCCUCCUAUCUACAGUAUGAGCUUGCCACUAGCCUGAUGUCAUCUGCAGGAAUGUGACUGAUUGCAUUUUCAGAUGCCUGCCUUGUGUCUGAAUUGCUGAGCUCUUCCUACUGGCCAAGUGAAAUCUUUGAUUCCACAAUGCACUAUUUCAAGUUCUCUCCCUGCCAAAAAUCAUAGUUCAGCCUAUUUAUUAUAGUUAUACAAUUCCUGUUUUCGGUUGGAAAUUGGUCUUGAGAUAACUCAAACUAUUUCUCCUUUGAGAAUAUUAAAUUUGAAUUAUCAUACUGAGUUGGAAAUGUUCCCCAUUUGAAGGAGUUAUGUAUUUAAAGAAUCAUCAGGGUAUGGCAUAGAAAAAGCAGAAUUCCUCUAGGUUGUGAUAUGCAUUUAAAUAGUUAGUUCACCUUUACCAAAAAACUGCAGCUAAGGGGCACUUGUAGAAAAAAAAACUGCAUCUUUGACUAAAGUUCAAUAAUAUAGAUGUAGGCCAUUUACUUAUCUCAUUAAGCCUGACUGGAAAACUCCCAGGAUAUUGCUAAGAGAGGCCUAGCUAUAGCUAUUAGCCUUAGAGAUUGAGUGAAGGUGAACAGCAAUAGCUGGGGCUCCCUUUGCAAUGCCCUAGCAACAUCCUGGCAGUUUUCAAGUCAGGCU